AUGCAACUAGUAGCUCUUUCUAGUUUACUUUUAACUAUUGCACACGUUCGGUCAUAUCCAUGUUCGUGUUCGUGUUGUUUUGGUCAAGGAUGUCAACCAUCCCCAAUGCCAAGUUUAGUUGACGCACAACAAUGUACUGAUGCAUCAUGUGUAGCAGCUUGUAAAGUACGAUACUAUCAGUGUAACGUUACGCCUCCAAAUGGUCAAGUAAUUGGAAAAUGUGCAGCAACAACAACAACAACCACUACCAGUGCACCAAUGCUUGGAGGUCCAUUUACAUGUGAAUGCCGUUGUUGUAAUACAGGCUCUUAUCUAUGUACACCUGCAUUCAUCGGUAAUACAAAUGCUUUCUCAUGUCAAGUUGGUACAUGUAGUAUAGCUUGUAGUAAGCAAUAUCCACAUGUUUGUGUAAACAGUCAAUUUGGUCAAACUCAAGGCAAUUGCGUGGGAUCGAUUUCUUCUACAGCGACUUUACCAAUUGGAACGUUACGGUGUGGAUGCUCGUGUCAAUUAUCAACUGGAUAUCAUUAUUAUGAAGUCACUACUACGAAUGGCUGUUCAUCGUGUAUCACUGCUUGUCAAUCUAUUCAACUUCAAUGCUAUGGUCAUCAAACAACCUAUUGUUUGAAUUAA